AUGCAACAAAAAAAAAAAGACUUUAUCAUAGCGCGCAAGAUGUCGCGCGCCAUCCUCCUCUCCGGCAACUCCACAAUCGUCGCCGUAGGCAGCCGCUCCGCCGCUAAGGCCGCCGCGUUCGCCGAUGAAAACGGCUUCCCCGCCGCCGCCAGGGCGUACGGGUCGUACGACGCCGUGCUGGACGACGCUGAUGUGGACGCCGUGUACAUACCGCUGCCGACGAGCCUGCACCGCCACUGGGCCGUGGCGGCGGCGUGGAAGGGGAAGCACGUGCUGCUGGAGAAGCCGGUGGCGUUGUGCACCGCCGAGCUGGAUGAGAUCCUGGCGACGUGUGAGUCCAGUGGGGUGCAGUACAUGGACGCUACCAUGUGGAUGCACCACCCCCGCACGGCGAAGAUGGAGGCGUUUCUCACUAGUAACUAGUUUCAUUGAAAGACCCGCUAAUUAAUUAUUUUUUGAGGUUCCUAAUUAAAUUAAAUGGUGUAACGUGUUGUCUUAAUGCUCUCCAUUGUCUCAUUUUGGAACCAACAACAAAACUCAAGUGGUUUU